AUGUUACUUUUAAUUAUUACUUGCGUUAUAUUUAGUAGCGUGCAAGCCAUCAGUAAAUGUUCAAAUGAUGAGCCUCAAGUAAAUCCAGAAUUUUACCUUGUUAAAAAAUGUCACAGAUCUAAACUAAUUGUAUCAGCUAGAGCUAACUUAGCUAAGUUAUCGAGCUGUAAACGAUUUGCUCGAGAGAAGAGGGGUCUAUCUUUUAACUUUAGCCCUCAAGUAGGUGGAAGACGUUUAGAGUAUACUUGUGAAGUGUUACAGUGCGCAGAAAUAUCUACUGGUUCGUCACUAACUAAUGAUUCUAGAUAUGACUAUUACAGCUUGUUUGGAAAUCUUUCAUUAACAGUAAACUGGACUUGUGUUCCUUCGUUGGGCUUGUUCUAUUUUAUCUCGAAGAAAAGGACUUUUUCAGAAUCGAUAGACAUAUGCCGUAAUCAGAGCAGUGUUUUAGCUUAUGUCACUUCUGAAGAUAAAACUAAUGCUCUGGCUAAACUGUUAGCAGAUGUUGGCUCGGAAGAGGCAUACAUAAACCUAAAACGAGACAACAGCAGCGAUUUUACUGCUUCAAACGGUGAUUUACUUGAGUGUGCAUCUUACCGUGCAUGGGCUCCUGGUCAUCCAAGGAAAAGGGGUAAAGCGGAUUGCGUGACAGUCACCAGACAUCGCACUUGGCGAACUGUGUCUUGUGAAGAACAACUGGAAGCUAUAUGUGAAUUUAUUCCUAAAAAAAUGUUGUUAGACCGUGUUUAA